UAAAGAGCAAAGCUUUUACGAGAGAGUCGCUUUCGAUAAUUCAAUUUCCAAGCUUUAACGUAGAGAGGUGAUUUCGUUUCAACGUAGACGCUUCUAUCCGAUUCGAUUUGGGUUUCGUUUGGUUUGUGUCGUUAAAUUGCUGGGUGAUUGAAAUCGAAUAGAGUGUGAUUGAGAGAGGUAGGGAGGAGGAGGAGGGGAUAAUGGCUCAAGCUGUAGAAGAAUGGUACAAACAGAUGCCGAUUAUAACCCGGUCGUAUCUCACGGCCGCUGUAGUCACCACCGUCGGGUGUUCCCUCGAGAUUAUAUCUCCUUAUAAUCUCUACCUUAAUCCUACCCUUGUGGUGAAGCAAUACCAGUUCUGGCGCCUCGUUACGAAUUUUCUUUAUUUCCGGAAGAUGGAUUUGGACUUUUUGUUCCACAUGUUCUUUCUUGCUAGAUACUGCAAACUCCUCGAAGAAAACUCCUUCAGGGGAAAGACAGCUGAUUUCCUUUACAUGCUCCUAUUUGGGGCAACUGUUCUAACUGGUAUUGUUCUCAUUGGUGGAAUGAUACCUUAUUUGUCCGUCUCCUUCUCCAAAAUCAUCUUCCUCAGCAAUUCGCUGACUUUCAUGAUGGUCUAUGUAUGGAGUAAACAAAAUCCUUACAUCCACAUGAGUUUCCUUGGUCUUUUCACUUUUACAGCAGCGUAUUUACCAUGGGUGCUUCUUGGAUUCUCUAUCCUUGUUGGUGCAAGUGCAUGGGGGGAUUUUCUGGGAAUGAUAGCAGGUCAUGCAUACUACUUUUUGGCGUUUGUGUAUCCACGAAUGACGGCUCGGCAUCCUUUGAAAACUCCAUCCUUCCUCAAAGCCCUGUUCGCCGAUGAACCUGUGGUGAUUGCACGGCCAGAAGAUGUGAGGUUUGCUCAUGUGCCUUUUGAUGAAAUCCACCAAGACUGAAAUUCCAUCUUCUACAAAAUCAGCCACACGCACCUUGACCUUUGUAGUUAAAAGGGCAUCCUCUAGUGACCUUUGUAGUUGUGGAUAAUGUGGAAACGAGAGUGUUGGUUCUGAUUUUUCCUUAGUUUUCUGUUUGAUUUUCAUGUCUGAUACAAGUCUUUUUCCCCCUUGUGCAUAUGAACGCAAAUUGUGUAUACAAAAAGCCUUCAAAAAAGUUCUAGUUUACAUAA